AUGCACUUCUCAACUCUCGCCACUGUUCUAGCUACCGUCCCAUCGACGCUUGCCUGCCUAGGCUACAGCGGCGGUCUUCCCAAGCACACCGGCACAAAGACUCUCAAUGCGCCUCAGUACAUUCCUCGCGGAACUACCUUUGAUGCUGGCUGGGUAAAGUACGAUCGCGGCGUCGCAUGCACUGGCCAAUCCGAAGGCGGCGAGAAAGACACAGUCUUCGUCCUUGAAGACGGCGCUAAGCUCCGUAACGUCAUCAUCGGCGCCAACCAACGCGAAGGCGUCUACUGCAAGGGCUCCUGCACACUCGAAUUCGUCUGGUUCGAAGAUGUCUGCGAAGACGCCAUCUCAAUUAAGGGCGGCGGCACAGCCAACAUCAUCGGUGGAGGCGCAUUCAAAGCUGCAGACAAAAUCAUCCAGCACAACGGCUGUGGCCAUGUGAAUAUUGUUAACUUCUACGCCAAGGACUAUGGAAAGGUUUACCGAUCUUGUGGAAACUGCAGUAACAACUGCAAGAGGAGUGUGCACAUGGAGGGAACGACUGCUGUUAAUGGUGGGGAGCUUAUGGGCAUUAACCUCAACUACGGUGACAAGGCUACUUACAGCAACAACUGCUACCCCAAGGUUCAGUGCCAGGGAUACCAGGGUUGUGACAAGAAGAACGGUGCUUGUGAGCCCAAGAAGACCAACACUUGCUAA